CACGUUCUUGUCCAAUCAAAGACCAGAACGAAAAGAGGGGCGGGGCUUCAGAUUGGCGGUUGUGUUUGCAGUAACUGCGAAGAUCCUGCACAAAUUCUAUCACGAAUUUAUCGCGCUUGUUUGUAAUUAUUCGAAAGCGCAUCACGAUCAGCUUUAAAGCUGGAAAGGCUGGUUUGAUGACCGGACGAAGAAAUCCAGCAAGCAAGCCGGACGCUCUGCAUGAACGUGUCUGAAGAUGGAGGAUAUGGAGGUGGAAGUCAUGCAGCCGUUCGACGAGGGCGGUGUGAUCGUGGUCUCUGAAUCUGACAGCAGCACAGAAGAAGAGGGUGUUUCUGUGCAGGCCGAUCGGUCCAGGCGUCCAGUCCAACGGCCCGUCCAGAGGAGGCGGAGGAGGAGAAUUGGACUGAGCACUCGUGAAGAGCUUCAGGCGCUCAUACGGGACACAGAGGAGCUGUCCGAGCGGCUGAGACGGCACACAGCUGACGCUCAUCCACACCGGCCGGCUCCUCCGCCCUCCUCCAGCCGCCCCGCUGCCGUCAUCACACACACGUCCCAUCAGUCCAUCGCUACAGGUCUACUGCCAGCUCAUGUUUCCUCUCAGCCCGGUUCCUCAGGGCCCAGUGUUCCUCCAGAGCCUGAAGGGACGAGCGCAGAAGCUCAAGCAGAAGAGCCGAGGCGAGAGACUGAGGCUGCAUCGGAGUCAGUGGAUCCCACUGAAGCUGCUUCGUCUCCUGCCGAAGAGGCUGAAGUCGACGAGGGGGAGGGCGAGACCUGCUCCAUCUGUUUCGAGCCCUGGACCACGGCCGGUGACCACCGCUUGGCUGCUCUGCGCUGUGGUCACCUGUUUGGCUACAUCUGCAUUUCCCGCUGGUUGACGGGCGGAGGAAAUAAAUGUCCGCAGUGUAAUAAGCCAGCCAAACGUGGUCACAUCAUCUUUCUCUACGCACGGAGACUGAAAGCGCUGGACAACACGGAGGAGGUGCGGCUGAAGAGUCGUCUAGAGCUGGAGCAGGGGUCACGUCGAAUGGAGCAGCUGGAAGUCGCUCAGUGUCGCCAACAGCUGCAGCUCGUGGCCGAUGAAAAUGUACGACUGCGCAGAGAGGUCGAGGAAUUGAGGAGGUGGAAAGCUCAGGCGUCUUUCGGCUCGACUCAGGGAUCGUCUCUCUCCUCCUCCCAGAGGCAGGACUCGUCCAGUGCGGGCCAUUAUGUCUUCUCUAAGGCUCUGCUGGUGUCUCAAACAGGCAGCAGUCGGGUUUUAUCCUACUGCGAGCCUCUCGGGUGUCUGCUGGCGUCUCAGCCAUCUACACAUGCCACCUUGUUACCAGGCUUUGGUGUGAAGAUGAUCAGCACUGCAACUCUCAAGCCGAGUCAGUACAUCCCCAUCCACACCAAACAGAUCAGAGGACUGGCCUUCAGCCAACACCAGGACAGUUUACUGCUGUCUGCGUCCUUCGACAGCACAAUCAAGCUCACAAGUUUGAUGACUAACACGGUGGUGCAGGCCUACAACACGGGCAGACCUGUGUGGAGCUGCUGCUGGUGCCACGACAACAACAACUACAUUUACGCCGGUCUCAGCAACGGCUCUGUGCUGGUGUACGACACACGGGACACCAGCACUCACGUUCAGGAGCUGGCGCCACUGCGCUCCAGCUGUCCGGUGGUGUCUCUUUCCUACAUCCCGCGCGCCGCGUCCAGCACGUUCCCCUGUGGCGGCCUCAUCGCCGGCACGCUGGAGGGCGGAUGCUUCUGGGAGCACAUAGAGGGAACCACGUACACACCUCACAUUCUGCCUCUAGAGUCCGGCAACUGCACUGACAUACAGGUGGAGCCUGAGAGCAGACACUGCCUCGUCACAUACAGACCAGGUCGUACAAACCCGUCUCUGCGCUGUGUUUUAAUGGAGCUGAGCCGGACACCUCAGACAGACAGCAACCAGACGCCCGUCUGCUCCUGCUCGCCUGUCCAGACCUUCACCGCUGGAUCCUCCUGCAAGUUACUCACCAAGAACAGAGUCUUCAAGAGUCCAGCUGGAGAGGGAGCCACGCUAGUGUGUGCUGGAGACGAGGCCAGCAACUCCACCAUGGUCUGGGAUGCCGGCACUGGUGCCCUGCUGCAGAAAAUGCCCGCAGAUCUCCCUGUGCUGGACAUCUGUCCUUUCCAGGCCAACCAGGGCAGCUAUCUGGCCUCUCUGACUGAGAAGAUGCUGAAGGUCUAUAAGUGGGAGUGAGACUGAGGGAAACAUUCAAACAAACAUCUGAAUAAUCAUCUUGCGGAAACCAAAUGCGUGGCUGCUGCUGGUCUGAGACUGUCCAUUCACUGUGUGCAUGUUUUAUACCGAAAGCCUGUUUUUUGUGUUGUGUACUUUAUAAAAAUGUUUUGUUUAAAAGUGUAAAUCAGUGCUUUCUUAAUGUUUUAGUUGAGUGAUCAUUGUUCACUAUUUUCAUUGUAUAUAUGUAAGUGUUGUUUUAUUACUUUAUUAAAAUAAUAAAUGCCUACAUACUUUGA